GUGAGAAGCUUCACUGUUGCUCUGAAGAAGAAUCUCAGCUCUCACACCAGAACUCUGUGUUUUAUUGAAUAGACUCGAGGUUGUUCUUUGCGUAGGUGCGUCAGGAUGAAGGUUGUUGGAUCUACCUGUGCGUUGAAGAGUAAGGUGGGCGGAGAGGACGUGGUGCGCUGCCUGUCCGAGCAGAGCCUGACCAUCUCCAAGUGCAAGCUGCCGCUGCUGGACGAGCACAUGAGCGUCUUCCUGCAGGACAUGAACAGCUGCUACAGUAAGCUGAAGGAGCUCGUGCCCACGCUGCCCACCAACAAGAAGGCCAGCAAGGUGGAGAUCCUGCAGCACGUCAUCGACUACAUCUGGGACCUGCAGGUGGAGCUGGACUCGCCGUGUUCCGCUCGGCAGCACCAGGGCUCGGCCGGGACGCGUUCGCCCCUCACCACGCUCAACACCGAGAUCAGCAGCAUCUCCGUGGAGAACGGUUGCUCAGAUGACAGAAUCCUGUGCCGCUGAAAUCCACGAAUCAUCAACACUGCUGACGGGAAAAUGUCCAGAACCUCCUCAGUGUGUGUGUGUGUGUGUGUGUGUGUGUGUGUGUGUGUGUGUGAGGUCCAUGAAGUCCUACACAGUGUCUUGUCUGUAUUAGACGUCAUGACAGACGCUGUGUCACUUCACCAUGCCUUAAACAUUCCUGUUUUUAAUUAUUUUUGUAUAAAGUGUGUAGACACAGAGAAUUUUUAUAUUUUGUUUAAAAGCAAAAAAAGAAAAAUUUCUCAGAUUUCUGAGUUAAAUCUGUAUUGUAUAUUACAAUGCCUGAUGUUUUAUUACCAUGUGUUAUGGAAAUGUUAUUAAUACAGAUAGUAUUUUGUGAAACUAAA